UUCUGUUGUAGCCAUGUGUUUGCGUUUGUUUGAAGUUCAUUUAAAAAAAAAAGUUAUUUGCUGGCUGUGGAUGGGAUGUAGUUACGUCACUUCCUGUGAGUGUGAGUGCGGGAAACUCCGACAAGAAAACAUUGACAGCCAGGCGUCUAAGCUGCUAUAUUCAUUUUUGAAUCUGUUCUUUUGCUGUGUUUGGCUUUACAGUUCAACACAUUGACCGGAAAUGAGAACGCUAGAAGAGGUGAAGGCAACGUUGCAGAUCGCUAAGCUAAAGGAGGAAGAUCUGCAACCAACAAUCCAGUGUUUGUCCUUUGGAGAGAAUGUUUCUUCUGCAGAUUACUGCCUGAUGGAGCUGGACGACACGCUGUGCAAACACAUCGAAGCGGGUCAAAGUCUGGUCAUUCGAGGGGAUAAAGACGAGCGAGCAGUUCUUUGCAGCGGCGACAAGACCUACGAUCUGAAAAUAGCAGACACGUCCAACAUGCUGCUGUUUGCACCUGAUUGCAGAACGCCAGAGCAGCUGGGCGGCAGUGAAGACUCCCCCCCGCAGGUGGUGCAUGCCCAGGUCUGGGGAUUUUGCAACAGCUACUGGGAGUUGAGGAAACAGCGGCCAAAGUUGAAGAAGCUGAAGAAGCUGUUGAUGGAAAAUCCAUAUGAGGGGCCGACUUUAAGGGGACAAGAGGAGAAAACAGAAAAUAGGUACACAAUGCAAGAUCUGUUGGAAAGAAUUCAGGCCAGCGAGGAGGAGAUAAAAAGCCACUUGGAGAUCAUCCAUGCCUCUCAGAUCGAUGGCUACUGGAGAGUCCUGGACUUUGACUAUGAAAUGAAACUGCUAGGUCAUGUGACUCAGCUUGUGGAUUCAGAGUCAUGGUCCUUCAACAAGGUCCCCCUCCAAACCAGUCUGGAUGAACUGGCUCCACUGGAGCCAAGACAGAUGAUAGAACACUGCUUGAACUGUUACGGGAAACGCUACACUGAAAAUGAUGAGGUGUUUUAUGCUCUGAACGAGACAAAGGUGUGUCGAGGCCUGGCUCUUCUGCUGCUUCAGAACGCCAUCAAGUUCAACCUGAAGGAGUUUCAGGAAGUCUGGCAGCAGAGCGUCCCAGAGGGCAUGAGCACCCGACUGGACCAGCUGAAGGGAGUCGCUUUGGUGGACCGCACUUCCCACCCAGAAACCAUCGGCCUGCUGAGAGUGGAAGAUCUCCCCGAAGACACCCAGGAGCGCUUCAGCCACCUCUUCACCCUCCGAGAGAAAUGGACGGAAGAGGACAUAACACCGUACAUACGAGACCUGUGCGGGGAGAAGCAGAGCACCGGAGCCCUCCUGACCAAAUAUGCUCGAUCUUCAAUGCAAAACGGAAUGAAGGUCUUUAAUUCCAGAAGACCUGUAGCCACAUGAACACGCUCAAAGCUUUCUAGUUAUUGUCCUUAAGAGGUUAUCAAAUAAAUGUUGAAAUCAGCUAAGGGAAAAAUGGUGUCAUUCACUUCUUCAAAGCUGUUUUUGCUGUUAAUUUGUACAGAUAUAAAAAUAUGUUUAUGCCUAAAAGAAUAGAAUAGCAUUGAAGUGAACCAGAGUCCAUUGAGUUUGGUUUCUUUUUUUUGUUUUUUGUUUUUAAGAAUGAGUGCUUAGAAAGAGACCGGGAGACCUCUUAGAAUAGACAGCAGUAGAAACACGUCAUGAUUUCGGGAUUUCUUUUGGUUUGGUCCUUUUCAAAGUGAGGUCAGCAGAAUCAGGACUUGUUUGUCCACAAGGAGGCGAUCUGCACUCAAACAGAAUGUUAGAAACCUAUUUUAAAGUCUGUCCAAUUUACAGAGCUGUUUAACACAACCAACAUAAAUCACAAGAUGACUGCUGAUUUAUUUAAAAAUUAUUUACAUUUGCUUGUAUUCUGUUCUUGAUUAUCAGUGGGUUUCCACCCAAAUAAAUGUUUGAUUUUGUUUCUUUACUAAAAUAAAUGAAAGGAACUUUUGUCUAAAGUUAA